CGUCUUGGUGUAAAAGCAUAAAACACCAAGCCAGGAAGAAAAAUGAAACCUCUGACUGCGUUUUCUGAAUAAAAAAUGGAUCAGUCUGCAAAACUCUUGGUGGUGCUGGCUCUAUGCGUAACUGUAAUGGCAAACCAAGCAGCUGCACUCGCCGUGCAGAAAGAAAACCUUAACGGCGGGAAGGAAACGCCAACCGGAAAGACUCUGAUCAACAAGGUAUGCUCAGAUUCCCCGACCAAAAACCUCUGCGUUCAGGUCCUCUCUUCUGAGCCACUCAGAAGCCCCGUCGCAGACCUCAAAGACUUGGCACUCAUUUCCCUUAGGGUUGCUGCCACAAACGCUUCCGGCAUCCUCGCCGACACCAAAAUUCUCAUCGACGACGACGAACUUGACCCUGAUAUCCAACAAGGUUUGGCUGAUUGCAAGGAAAACAUCCUGGACGCAGAAAGCCAGCUGGAAGACACCAUUGCUGCCUUGAUGGUCAAUUCUGAAAACGACGCUCAGCGCUGGCUCAAGGCUGCCUUGGCUGCCAUCGACACCUGCGAUGCCUCCAUCCCCGGAGACGACGACGUUCUCUCCGUUGAGAGCGCCGUCUUCCGCAAGCUCUGCAACAUCGCCAUCCUUGUCAUCAAGGAACUCAAUAAUCCAACGAAAUCUUAAAAACUUUAUGAACCCAUCCGUAUAUAGUUUUCUGUGUAAAUCUUUUGUUCUCAAUCUUAAACUCAGGAGCUGCUGUCCGAGUUUUUCUCUUUCUGUCUUUAGUUAUUUGAGAAAAUGAAGGUUGUUAUGUUUUAGAAGUUACAGAAACAACGCGAUGAUAUGUUGUGCAUGCAGGCUGAUUACACCUGUGUGAAUCCUUUCGUUUGGUUAUUAUGAAAAUUUUG